AGAUGAGGGACAGCGGCGUGGAGCACAUCUGGCAGGACAGCGACAUGCUGAGCGCCUCCGUGGAUGGCACAGAUGAGAUGAAAGAUGAUUUUGAUACACUGGGGCCCGAUGCCACUCUGCACUCAGUUGGAAACGGUCUAGCCAAAAGUGUCGACUGCACCUCGGAGUUCGAGGAGUACUUCUCCAAGAGGAAGAUGGCCAGCGACAGCGAGAGCCACGUGGUCAGCAUCGCCGAGUACCUCCAGCGCGGGGACACCGCCAUCAUCUACCCGGAGGCCCCUGAGGAGCUGUCCCGCCUGGGCACGCCAGAGGCCAACGGCCCCGAGGAGAACGACCUCCCGCCCGGGACGCCGGACGCCUUCGCCCAGCUGCUGACCUGCCCCUACUGCGACCGGGGCUACAAGAGGCUGACAUCCCUCAAGGAGCACAUCAAGUACCGCCACGAGAAGAACGAGGAGAACUUUGCCUGCCCGCUGUGCAACUACACCUUCGCCUACCGCACACAGCUGGAACGCCACAUGGCCACGCACAAGCCCGCCCGAGACCAGCACCAACUGCUCAACCAAGGGGCUGGCAACCGCAAGUUCAAAUGCACAGAGUGUGGCAAGGCCUUCAAGUACAAACACCAUCUGAAGGAACACCUCCGGAUUCAUAGCGGUGAAAAACCCUAUGAAUGCCCCAACUGCAAGAAGAGGUUCUCUCACUCCGGCUCCUACAGCUCCCACAUCAGCAGCAAGAAGUGCAUCGGCCUGAUAGCGGUCAACGGCAGGAUGCGCAACAACAUGAAAACAGGCUCUUCCCCGACCUCCACCUCCUCCUCACCCACCAACACUGCCAUCACCCAACUCCGGCAGAAGCUGGAGAACUGCAAGCCCCUGAGCCUCCAGGACCACAACAACCACCUGAGCAUCAAGACGGAGCCGAUCGACUUCAACGACUACAAGCUGAUGAUGGCCGCCCACGGCUUCGGCGGUCCGGGCUCCUUUAUGAACGGAGGGGGCAUGGGAGGGGGUAACAGCCCGGUUGGGAUGCAUCACAACUCGACCACUCAGAGCCCCCUGCAGCACCUGGGCAUGGGUGGACUGGAGUCGCAGCUCCUGGGCUACCCGGGUUCCCUGGGGAAUAACCUGAACGAGGUGCAGAGGGUCCUGCAGAUCGUGGACAACACUGUGUGCCGGCAGAAGAUGGACUGCAAGCCCGAGGAGCUGUCUAAGCUGAAGGCCUACAUGAAGGAGUUGGGCUCGCAGAUCGAGGAGCAGAAACAGGGCCUGCUGUCACCCGGGUGCCCCCCGGUGGGUCUGCCGGUGGUCAACCACAACGGAGCCACCAAAAGCAUCAUCGACUACACAUUAGAGAAAGUGAACGAAGCCAAAGCUUGCCUCCAGAGCUUGACCACAGACUCAAAGAGACAGAUCAGUAAUAUCAAGCGAGAGAAGUCCAACCAGAUGCUUGAAGGCGGCAUGGAGGAGAAAAUGCAGGAAAAUAAUAUGUUUACACCCUUCACUUGCCAAUACUGCAAAGAAACCUUCCCCGGUCCGAUACCGUUACAUCAACACGAACGUUAUCUUUGUAAAAUGAACGAGGAAAUCAAGGCGGUCCUGCAACCUAGCGAGAACCUGAUGAUCACCAAGCCCGGGAUGUUCAUGGAGAAGAACGGCCACCUACUGUCGUCCAUGUUGUCCGAGAAGGUCCUGAACGGUCCCAUCAACCCGUACAAGGACCACAUGUCUGUGCUGAAGGCGUACUUUGCCAUGAACAUGGAGCCAAACUCCGAAGAGCUGCUCAAGAUAUCCAUCACGGUCGGGCUCCCUCUGGAAUUUGUCAAGGAGUGGUUCGACCAGCGUAAAAUGUAUCAGUACGGCAGCACGAGGGCCGCGCCGCUAGAACACCGAAACAACUCGGACAUGCAGGUGGGAGUAAACAACCACCAGACAAUGCCAAAGGACUCCAUGGUAGCCAGGUCACCGCUGUCGCUGGUUAAACCGGACGACCGCAUCACGUCCCCCUCGUACGGGGAGCAUCACAACAACAACAACAACUGUGACAACGCACUUAGACACUUGAGAAAUGGCCACCAGUUCAUCAACAGUGCCAAACCCAUGGGGGAGAAACGGGGCCACUCUCGCAGCAACACUCCCUCCCCACUGAACCUGUCCUCGGCCUCCUCCAAAAACUCUCACAGCAGCUCCUACACUCCAAACAGCCUGACUUCAGAGGAUCUGCAGGCCGAGCCGUUGGAUCUGUCCCUGCCCAGGCUGAUGAAGGAGCCUAAGCAUGCACUGACGGCCCGGAGCAGACCCAAAGUGAACAGCAUCACCAUGGACCACAACAGCCUCCCAUCUCCUCCGCAACACUUCCAGGAGCCCUUGAACCUGGCUUAUCUGAAGAAGGACUUCUCGGGCUCCACCAACAACAACGUCAGUCUGGAAAAGAGCACUAGCCCCAUUUUCGGCAUGAACCCCUUCGCCGCAAAGCCCAUGUACACAUCGCUUCCACCCCAGAGCACUUUCCCUCAGGCCACGUUCAUGCCCCCCAUGCAGGCGGGCAUACCAGGUCUCCGGCAUUACCCGGGCAUGGAACAAAUGGGAUUCUUACCGCACAUGGCCUACACUUACACAACGGGGGCAACGACGUUCGCAGAGAUGCAGCAGAGGAGGAAAUACCAGCGAAAACCAGGUUUCCAGGGGGACAUGCUCGACGGACCGCCCGAUUACUUGUCCGGCCUUGAGGACAUGACAGACCCUGACUCCUGUCUGUCACGGAAGAAGAUGAAGAAGACUGAAAGUGGUAUGUACGCGUGUGACUUGUGCGACAAAACAUUCCAGAAGAGCAGUUCCCUUCUAAGACACAAAUAUGAACACACAGGCAAGCGACCACACCAGUGUCAGAUCUGCAAGAAAGCCUUCAAACACAAGCACCAUCUCAUCGAGCACUCGCGCCUGCACUCGGGGGAGAAGCCCUACCAGUGCGACAAGUGCGGCAAGCGCUUCUCCCACUCGGGCUCGUACUCGCAGCACAUGAACCACCGCUACUCCUACUGUAAGCGGGAGGCGGAGGAGCGGGAGGCGGCCGAGAGGGAGGCCCGCGACAAGGGUCACCUGGAGCCGACUGAGAUGCUGAUGAACCGGGCCUACCUCCAGGGGCUGACCCCGCAGGGCCUGACCCCGCAGGGCCUGACCCCGCAGGGCAUGACCCCGCAGGGGAUGACCGCACAGGGGUACCCUGACCUGGGGGAGCGCCAGGCCAUGCUGAGGCACGAGGGCCUGAACGGAGGAGGGGGAGGAGGUGGAGGAGUAGGUGGUGGAGGAUUAGGAGGCGGAGGAGUAGUGAUCAGAGACGGACGCAAGGAUGUGGACGGAACGUACGAGCGGAUGAAGAUGAUCGGCCGGAGGGAGGUGGAGUUUGGCGAGGAGGAGGAGGAAGAGGAGGAGAGGAAGAGCAUGGACACGGACCGGGACACGCUGAGGGACGAGGAGGAGAACGGCGAGCACUCCAUGGACGACAGCUCACUUGACGGCAAAACGGAAACUAAGUCGGACCGCGAGGACGCCAUGAUGGAGGACGGCAUGUAAACAUCGAGAGAACCCCCCCCCCCCCCCCCCAUCCGUGAUACCCCUGCCCACGACCGCACCCCUCACAGCCCCCCCCAAAAUCCUGUCCCCGGGGCAGGACAUCAUGUCGGAUUCACCCGAUGUCACUCGCUCGGUUUUUAAAACGCGCGGCCCUGUUUUUUGCGUACGCCGUCAACAUGCACGUGCCUGAUGCUUCCGGGAAGCGUUCUCCGUCAAAAAAAAAAAUGAAGAAGAACAUUCAUGAUACGUGAUUCCCCUUGAUGAAAGACAUAAAAGACCCCAACGUUCAUUGUGGACUUGUGGAUUAAUGGAGGGGGGGAGGGGGGGGGGGUAGCGGGGUAGAGGGGGUUGAACGUGGGGUUUCGGAAGGUGAUCUGAAGGAUUUGCGGAGGGUUUUGUGAAUGAGAUGCAUUAUGCAAACGGCAGGAGAAAUAAUGAACAAACAAAUAGAUUUAGACAAUUGUACAGUACUAAGGCCUACAGUUAUGUGUGGUGCUAACUUUUUGAAGGAUAGCCCCCCCCCCUCCAUUCCUGCCCCUCCCUCGUAACCCACAGUGUUCUAUAGUAUUUAUAGCACAACUAGUGACUUGUACAAAUUGCACUCCACUUCUAUAAUCACAAAUAAAAAUAAUAAAAACUAUUGCCUAUGUAUAUAUUUAUACAGUGUCGGGGAAAAACAGCAGUGGUGAUGGCCACUACAGUCCUUCAAUAUUAACUUUGGUUUUCACUCUCUGUGUUUGUCUUCAGUUUGUGUUUUUUAUUUUUUUUGCCAUAUUGUGAAUCGCCAGUCCUCACUACAAAUACUAUAAAUGAAGGAUUUAAAACAUAUGAAGACAUGAAAGAGCUUAACAAAUACUUAAACAUUUUUCAAAGAUAAUUAUGUUGCAAAGAGGACUUUCAUUUUAAGGGAAAUAUCCAGUUUACGGACUGCAGUAAUAUGGGGGUGGGGAAAAUAACAUAAAGGACAAAGCCUUUGUAAGGUUGUUUUUUUUUUACAAGAGAAAGAAAGAAAAAAAGAAGCCUUAUAUGCAAACCUUUUAACCUGUGUUUUCUGCAAGUGCCACCCUCGUAUUGUGUAAAAGGACUCAUACUUUUUUCCCUCACCAGCUUCAGUAUUUAUAAUGGUUCCUCCAUUGGUCUGUGAAGCACUCAUGUCAGUAUUGGAAACAGGCAGCAGUUCAAUAGUUUACAUUAUGUUGUGCAAUGUUCUUUCAAAUUAAUUCUUUGUCAGUAUUACGCCAAACCUUUGUUGAAACGACUACAUUUGUUUUUAUUUGUAGGUUGAAACAAAACAUUAUUUAUGUGGCCCAUUUUAUAUUUCCUAAUUUUAUUUAUUUCAUACUGUUGUGUACAGUACUAUAGUACUUCAAUAUAUAGAUAUAUUUUAGUAAAAUGGAACAUGGCGUCGAUCAUAGGGGCAAAUUUUACGUAAAGAGAGCAUUUAUUGUGUUUUGAAACAUUGUGAAAUGCGAAGUUUAAUCUUCAUUAUUUUAUUUUAUUUUCCAGUUACUGGAAAAUUCCAAAUUUGGGAACUUUUAUACAAUUGUGAAAACACUGUAUUUUCGACUGAAAAAAAAAUUCCACUUUCUUCAUCUUUGUUUUUUUUAAGCUAAAAAAAUGAAGAGGGACUGUUAAAUACUAUGUAUGAUACUAUGAUUGAAGAAAAAUCUUUCCUGAAAUGUCUUUGUAAAAGUAUUAUUGAAUUCUUAAUUUGUAAUUUCUCUUGAAAAUGACCAUGCUCGAAUAAAGUAGCCAAAUUACCAGAGUACCAAA